AUGUGGUGCCACCUUUUCGUUCAGACCCUUACAGGCGCCGCAAGGCUUUGGUUUGACAACUUGCCCGUGGGAAAAAUCACGUCAUGGAUAGACUUGCGCGAGAAGUUUCUAGUUCAUUUCAGCCAGCAAAGGCGAUACAUCCGCGACACGGCAGAUGUAAUGAACAUCUGGCGCCAUGAUGAUGAAAGUUUGGAAGGCUUUAUUACCCGCUAUAACAAGGAGGUACUCGAAAUCGGGGACGUUCACGAGCAGCUGAUCCGCACCCAAUUUAAAUAUGCAGCCAGGUGCGAUGACAUGGUAAAAGUCCUGUCUGGAACAGAAGGACUCCCGAAGAGCUGGGAAAACUUAAUGGCGGCGGCUAAGGUCUAUGCGCAAAUGGAAAAGAACCUCAAUACCAACAGGCCGCCACCACCGCACAGCCGACCCUCAGAUCUAAGCUCAAGCAGCGGAAGAAAAUUCAAGAAAGGCUGGCGCGAUUCAAGCUCAGGGAACUAUCCAUCAGAGGAUGCACGGGCCACAAUCAAUAAGCUUGCUGCACAGAGAGAAGCUAAACAAGAGAACAGGGAGAGACAAUGGACUCCCCUAACCAAGACACCUGCAGAGGUUCUAAGCAUGGAGGAUUACCAGUUUAAACCUCCGCCACCCAUGAAGAACAAACGUGGACAAGACCCGAGUCAGUAUUGUGAAUACCACAAAGACAACGGGCAUACUACUAUAAACUGCAUCUGUUUGCGCACAGAGAUAGAGAAGGCACUUAAGAGUGGUGAGCUCACUCACCUACUACAAAACGUGCGCAAAGAGAUAAAGCAAAUCACUCGAGGCGAAGAAGGCCCGAGCAAAAAAGCGUAA